AUGCCGAUGGCGGAGGGACAAAAGAUCAAGAUCACCUUCGAGCCAAGUCUCCAGCUCAGCAUGCUGAAGGAGGACAUGUUCCGCGGGAUUACAAUGAAGAAAGUGCGCCGAGGACGCGUUGUGACCUAUCGAUCCGACGAAGCGAACUCGUCGUUCUCGUUGGCCAUCACCUGUCGCGCCUCGGGGCUGAUGUGGAAGAAGCGU